CAUGAAACAUGUUUUCUGGUCAUAUUUAGAAAUGCUGAUUUAUAUCAAUUAGUCAUGAUUAAUCCUCAGCUAAGUGAUUAAUCAAUAUUUAUUUUAAGAGAGAGGGAGAGUUUAGGGCUGGGCACCAUCGCCAUGUCAAUAUACAUAUAUGUGUAUAUACCAGUUUCCUUACAUUGCUGGUGUGUGGUAUUUAUAGCACCACUACUGCUUGCCCCAAACACACACACACUCGCCCAUGCAUAGACGAUCUUUGGGUAAGUCCAACGUCACAUGACUCCCCAGCAACCACUAGGUGUCAACAGCAACAACGGCAGUGACAACUCUGUUGUUAAUCGUUUGUAAUGGCGUCCCUCAGAACCCAGAAGUUGGCUCAGCCUAAACUGAACCGACUUAGAAGUCCAGACCGUCGUUCAGUUUAUUGGUUGGAUAAACUGCCAUCUGAGAAGACUGAACCUACAACCAAAGUUGAAUUAACCCCUCGUUGGUUGGAGUUAUGCAGAAGUAAAAAGUUCUACACUGAAGUCACACGUUCUCCCAUCUGGGAGGUGAGUGAAUGGGCUCUCAGAGUCAUUCCUUCCCAGCGCUUGUGUAGCUUAGCUCGACCUCGGGCACCUGCAGCUGGCUGGGAGCCGGAUCGCCCUCUGCUGGCUCCUCUGAACAGAGCGACACAGACAGCAGUGGCUACGACAAGAAUUUGUCAUCUUGCCCAGCCUAAAAGAAGGCCAACUACAGAUGAUUCAGGCCCCAAAACAAGACCUGUAUCCAUGAAACAUUCAUCCAGCAAAGCAUCAGCACACAUAGAGCUGCUGUCAACCCCCAAGCAGGACCACUCAAAGUGUGGAGGGGAGCGCUCUCCGUGCUGGCCCGUCUCUAGAGCAGCCAGAAGCUGCAAAGCCAGCCUGAGACUUCUGGAGCUCUCUGUACCAAAGGAGAGGAAGGGAUUAUUUGAAGGAUACGAUCCCUACAUUGUUAGCAGAGCGGCUCGCUCUGCCAGCGCCUCCUCCAGGAUACAGGAACUCUCUUUGCCUCUGCCUCGCAAAUGUAGUUCAAAGUAGGAGAAUAGGAGAAUAGAUAUGGAUGUGGACUUCAGGAUGUGACGUCACUGCCAUCAUUAACAAUGAUUAUCUGUAUCAUUUGGCAGAUAUGGAACAAUGAGUUUUAUUUUGAAUAAAGGGAAACAAGGGCUGUGACUCCAUUGUGUUGAACAGAAAUUAUUAUUGUUGUUUUGAAGCACAGGUGAGUUCUGGACUCUGGACCUCCAGUUUCACAGAGCCAAUGACUGAGAGGAGGUCAGAAGACUUUGACUUUGUCUAAUUCCUCCUCUCAUCACUCCUUCUACUCCAACCUUGUCUUACAUACCGUUAAAAUUAGUGUGGUUAAUUUCUAAGAAGUCUUGUCACAUUUCCAGUUAAUGAAGACGACACAAAAACACCACAAGAGGGCAGCAGCAAGACUCUUUCUACUAACGAUAUCUGACUUUUGGCGCCGCCCUGUAGACAAAGGUUUCAGCAACGUUAUCUGUGGUGUUUUUUGUGAAUUAUUUUAUUGUUUUUUUUUUAACUCUUUUACGUGAUUUUAAUCUAAUUAUUUAGUUCAAUUUAUUUUCUUCUACUUUUUUGGGAAAACUAAACCAUUACAGUUGAAACAUUUAAAAUGCCCGUAUGUUUCACCUAUAUUCUUACUUCAAACCAAACACAAAUACCGUAAGAUUAGUUUGGGUCUAUUUAUUAUUGUUAUAAUUUAUUAUACAUUAUAUAUUUAGUUCGCCAGUGAUGUGUAAUUCAUUAAUAUAAAACUGUUCUAUCCAUUUGUUUAAUGUAAUUAUUUGAUUUCCAACAGUGAAUUAGGGUGAACAGUGGUUCCAUUCCCUAAAAGGUCUAACUAAAUGGGAGACUAUUUAAUAAGGAAAAUAGACAACGUUGUUAAUUUAAUGUAUACUUGUUCAAUGUUGUUGUAAGCAGAUAUUUUCAUUUUUAAGAUUUGAUUGUCCAACACUUUACUGCAGUAAAACGUUGUUUCUGUUUUUGGUUAACAGUAGAAAUAAACACGCAAACAGAGAUACUUUUACGAGAAAUUAUUUAAAACUACAUUUCCGUUGAGUUGAAUUACUUGUAGUCAACUGUCUGAGGAAAACACAACGUUUUCAAAUCAAAGCCAUAGACGUUUAAAAGGAAUAGACGUCAUAAGAAAUAAAUAAAAAAUGCUAGUAGGUUAGCACAGUGAAAAAGAGAGCAGGGUAUUUUAAAUGUAAAUUCGUACGUUACCUUAUUCCUUGUUGUCAUAUUAUGAACUUUUAACGCCUCUUAUAUGUGUGUGUUACGUAGCGUUAAAUAAAA